UAUUGGGGAGUCGCGGACUCCAGGGCCCGGCCCAGAGAAGCAUCCGCCACCUCGGCGUGGGCAGAACCGGCGUUCUCUUGUCCCUGUCCUGCCCCGUUCGGCUCUGUCCCGUCCCGUCCCGGAUGGCCGCGAUCUCCCGGGCACCCUCGGGCCGAGGGCAGGGCUACAGCCAUGGACCCCGCAGGACCAGCAGCCGUGGUGACCUCAGGGAGGGCACGGAGCUGGAGGAGGCUGGAAGGGCUCUGUCCCACCACGGCAGGUUCCUGACGGUGGGCGAUGGGAACGCUGCUGGGAUGCAGCAGGGCCGGAGGCCGGGAGGCGCCGUCGGGGCAGGCAGCAGCCCUGCAGCCCCGCGCAGCGCCGCCCGCGCGCGCCUCAGCUCCGUCCUCAACAAAGUGGCACAACUGGAAAGCAAAAUCAUGGGGCACAAAAAGCACCUGGAAUUGCACAACACUGACUCGGGCAUGAAGCCUUUGGCUGAGGAGUGCACCUCGUCUGCCUCUGGGCACGAAGGUGGUGCCAGGGGCAAGAAGUACUGGAAGAAGAAUUAUGGUAGCACCAGUGGGAAUGGGACCCGGAGAGAUGCCUGUUCUGAGGAAGAGGAGAGCAUGCAAAGCCCUAAAAGGAGUGUCGUGGUUAAACAGCUUGGUCUGGAUAGUGAUGAAGAGGAAAUGAGAGAAUUGAUGGAGUGCUCUUUGGGAUUUUCCAGUGGAAGUGGGAAACAGAAGGUUCUGAGCAAGACUCCAGUUCCAUCAGGAAAGGCUCCUCCACCUUGUAAGGAAGUUUCAUCAGCAGAGUCAUCUAAAGCAUCUUCUUUUCACAACAAAGACUCAGAGCAAAGUGUGUUUGGUAGAGUUAAUUCACCAGCCCCUUCACCCACCAGCAGAAACCUGUCAGGACAUACCACGAGACCUCGAUUGCUGUCAUCUUUCAUGAAAGACAACACUGUAAAGAGUGCUCUGCCUGAAGCAGGCUACACCAAGCAAAUCCAAGAAUCCAUUGAAAGUGACAGAAGUGAAAUAAAGUCAUUAGAUGAAUUGUUUUCUGAAGGAGCUGAUGGAGAAGAUCUAUCCAGCAGCAGCUUGAAAUACUUUGGACUGAAUAUCCUGAGCCUCGAUGAUUUGGCACCAGAUACUACCAGUAAGGCAGAAGAAUUAAAGCAGAAAGAAAAAGACAUUCCAGUUACUCAAGAAUCAAAGAAAUAUGUGAAAAAAGAUACAUUGCUGGUGGAAGAGGACCAGGCUGCUCUAAAAAUGACUAGUGCAAUAACUGGUGUGAGUGAUACUUCUGAAGAGGAGGUUGAAAAAUGUAUCUCUGAAGCUGAAAUCUCUGAACAUUUAAGUGGCGUUUCCUCAGAUCUCCCUCCACACAAACAGGAUUAUCUUAAUCAGAAUGAGAGCACUGUUAAUUCCGAAUAUUCUGAAGACUUUGAAAGGUCUCUGUCUACACCAGACAGGCAAUCUGGAGAGGGACAUGCUGAGAGCUGCAGUUCUGGAGCACACCCAUCUUCGGGGCCAUCCCCGUUGGUCACCCCGGGGCAGCACAGCCGGGGGCACCGAGUGAGCGUCACAGAAACCGGAGUGCAGACGGCAGAGCCUCCCUUCGCCUCCUGCCGGGCCGAGGCAAACCCUGCUGCAGUGCUUGGCCCUGCUCUGGGAACCAGCUACAUCGAUCCAGUGCCAAUUGCCAGUCACGUCAUCAGCAUGGAUGCAGUAGAAGCCCUGACCACGUACAGCCCCUCUGUUCUCGUCUUACACACCAUGUGCAAGCAGCACCUGAUGCUGACCCAGCAGUUUGUGGAGAGCAUUCACCACCUUCACACAGCCCUCGUGGAGUCUCUAGAGCAUGAGAAGUUCCACUACCAUACCCUGGAAGAGGCUAAAGAGUACAUCAAGAAUCACAAAUCCCCACCUCUAACAAUUGAGCAAGCACUUGAAGAAAUCCGGAGAGCCCAAGAGAAAUAACUGCUUGGACAGUUAUUGAACUUUAAGUGACAUUUAUAUUCAUGGCUCUAAGGCUGAAACAAGAAACCUUUCCAAGUUGCACAGAUAAAAAAUUAAAACUGAAAAACAGUACUGGAAGGAUCCAUACAAACUGCUAUGUUAGUUAUAAAUUAGUACAAGUUGCUAAUUAUUAUAUAUAAUUUAGUUUUCUAUAUCUGAAUGUUUUACUUAUGUACACAAUACACGCAGGAACCUUCAGCCAGACUAUGUCAGCAAAAGAGACAAGGUAACACUUCUGUGUAAUGGCACUGUGGUAAGUCAUCACAGUGCAUGCAUUUACCCAGUGAAGUGUGAGAUCUGUGAUCUCAUCUAUGAUGGUGGUAGAGGUGAAAGUCUGUAUUACAGCCUCUGAGAAAUACAACCACAGCAGAAAAUUACCA